ACAGACUCACACUUAAAAAUAAAGCCUUGCUUUGGCCGACCACAGCUGGGUGGAGGCCUGGGGGUGGCUGAAAAAUAAAAGCAGACUGAUGAACUCUCACUUUUCCAGUUACAUGACAUAAAAAGAUAAGAAAAAGUGGUGACCUUUUAAUUUACUUAAUAUAAUGCAUUUUCUUAAUCUUAGUCACAUGUGCACAUAUUUUCUAUGAGAUUGAACAUUUUGAUUAUUAUUUUAUGGCCCUCAUGAGUUUGUUAAGCCUGAUUUAUAGCCAGAGUUCAAACUUUUUGCUUUUUAAACAGUAAAUGAAUAAUUUAUGCAUAUGAAUAUAAUUUUAGUCAUCAUUUCUAGGAUGGUGGUAGUAUUUAGUUGUGUUCCAAAAUGUUAUUUACCUGUAUUCAAUGAACUGUGAAUGUUUUUCAAAUAUCCUGCUGAUUAAUCCUUUGUGGUUUGUGCAUUUUAUUAAGCUUUAUUUGUGUUCAGCAUCGCACAGAUCAUUAAAAUGAAACCAAACAUGCAGUCUAAUAUGUUAUCUACUUGCAACACAUGUGUGACACCCCUAGCUUUUACGCACACACAUGCACAUCCACACAGCUAGAGAAACCAUGUCAAAGAUAAAUGCAGAGCAUGAAGAAUCUACAGACUCUAAAUUUGUUGCCAAUUUUGGCUCUGGCAUGUUUGUUCAUCAAGAUGAGUGGGUCGAUCUCUCUUCGCCCAGUGCUGACUGGUCCUGACAUGGCCUACCUCGGCUUGAGGGUGGCUUUCCAGUGUAUUGCACCUGACUCCUCUCUGCCAGUCACCUAUGAGCUGAUGGGGGACGGUGGGGUCCUGGUCGCCACAGGCACCAGUCUCCGAGGGGACCAACCUGUAUCAUUCUCCCUCAAGGUCGCUGCCACAUCAGAGGGGUCAUACCACUGCAAGGCAACAGCAGGAGGAAGCACAGGAGUCAGCAACAGCAUCAAGCUGAGUGUAGUCACUCCAGCAUCAAACACCAGAGUGACUUCUGAACCCUUCCCCCCAGUCGCAUACGAGGGGUCACGCAUCGUGCUAAGCUGCAACGUCACAAAGGGCUCCCACCUUUCCUACACCUGGUUUUUCAACAAGAAGGAAGUAACAUCUUCAACCUCUCCCUUCCUCCACCUCACUGGGAACAACCUAGUGAUGGGGACGGUGAUUCCAGAGCAUGCGGGGUACUAUUCUUGCAUGGCUGGGUCCACGGUGCAGGACAUGAAGAGGUAUUCCAGCAGCUCAGAGGUCCAGGUGACAGUCAAAGUCUAUGUUUCAAAACCAAGGAUCUCUUUCUCCAUCUCCAAAGAGGGAGCCAGUUACCGUGGCAACGUGACCUGCUGGUCAACACGAGGGAGUCCUCCGGUAAACUUCUCUCUUUCACUAGAUGACAAGGAAGUGGGAUCCGUCACAGCAACUGAAUCCCUCGCUGCCUGGUUCCCCGUCGCCAUGGUACCCGGGCUGGACAUGGGUGUGGCUCGAUGUCGGGUGAAUACUGAGGUGCAGGAGUUGAUGAGUGAGCCUGUGACUCUGGAAGUGGUCCCAGUUGGAGGUGAUGUGAAAGUGGAAGUUGAAUAUCUCUACAGAGCUGACUCCAAAAUGGCGGUCGCUAGGCUUAGCUGUCAAGUCAGCAGAGGAACUUUCCCUUACAUCUCCUGGCUCUUAAAUGACUCUGUCCUUCCCUCUGAGACGCAUGUGGACUCCCAUAUUCAGCCCGUCCUGUCUCACUAUGCCCUAGCUGACCAACGACGAACCCUUGUUCUGGCCAAGCUCGGCCAAGAGGAGUCUGGGUAUUACCGCUGCAGGGCCAGGAACAACUACGAUGAUUCUGGGCCCUGGGUGGAGAGUACAGCUGUGCUGGUCCAAGUCACAGAGGUUUUCAUGACCACCACAGAGGUCAUUAGCAUAGCGUUCUGCUGUGUCCUUCUCGUGACUUUGGCAGUGGGUGUAGGCUGUGUGUACAAGAUGUCAGACCACAAGCAAGCUCGCGCCCACAUUGCCACAACAAAUCGCAGUUCUGAUGCACUUCAUCUGUCUGCACCCAUGUCCCAGUCAGGAGGCAGACAGGCCAAUACUUCCUCUACAGACAGUGAUGUUCAGUAUCAGACCGCAGUGUGACACAGGAGGAACCUGCACUUCUUCAUGCAGACUGUCAUUAUAUAAUUUAAAAUGCAGCUAUUCAUUGUUAUGCAGGCACGGCAAUUAUGACUUUUCCUGAGCUGCGAAGUUAUUUAUAAGAAACUGGUGGAACGUUAAAUCAAAGA